AUGGAUGCAGUUCCAUGGGACCAGGUCAAGGCUGGGGAUCUGGAUGCCUUGCGGGUCGCGCUCUUUUCGAGCUCGACCUCGCGCAGGCUCCGGGCCCUGCAAGAACUUCGCGACAGGACCGGAACCGGAGUCCCCUCAGAAUCGCAUCAUGAUGUUUUAACGCUUCUCUUCCAAACCUAUCCCCUCUACGUCGACCGACCAUCGCGACAGGCCGUCCAACAAUGUCUCCGCACCCUCCUCCGAUCUCCAAAUGCCGCGGAACACGUCAAAUAUCUUACCGAUAAACUACGAGCAGAGGCCGGCAAGCCUGGUCUUGCCCCGGCGUCAGGAUUUGUGCUGUUGGAAUGGUGCUGCAUUCUCUUGCAGCAGGUUAGCGAAGAUUCGGCCACACCCUUGGCGAUUGUGCUAGACCUGGUUGUCGUGAGUGCCAAGGCAUUGGAGAACUGUUUCGCCCAUACACCCAAGCCUGCAGUGCGACAGUCGGCCCUCCGAGUGACCAGGCGUGCUCUCCGUGCCGUGUUCUCAUGCCCGACCUGGGGCGAGGAUGCCGUGCGCCAAUCGGUCGCUCGAUUAACCGCCGACGCGGCCGCGGGGAGCAAGAAUGCAUUGCUCUUGGGGGUUGUCUCGGGCGUGUGUGCACGACUGUCCACGAAAAAGCCGAUACUGGAGGAAUCUAAGAAGGCAAUCCUGGCAUUCUAUACCAAGGAAAUUGUGAGCUCCAAAGCUGUCGUGCCUGCACACGUGGCCGAUGGAUUGUCCGACUUCUUUACUUCGUUUGUCACAGCUGAGGAUGUGGCCACCGAUGUUGUACCUCCGAUGGAGAAAUCCAUGCUGAGGGCACCUGAAGUCAUUCUAACUGGCGUGAUCCCGCCUCUUUGUGCUGCCUUGCCCGAGGAAAUUGACCUUUCUGAGAUUGUGCAAUCCCGUCUUAUGAAGCAUCUCUUGUCUAGCAUGAAAUCGAACAAUGCGGUAAUUCGACAAGGUGCUGCUGACUCUUUUAGGUCAUUGCUUUCGCGCUGCAAAAACGAUGGCUUAGUCUUGAAAAUCGCGAGCGAAAUCGUUAGUCCUAUGAAAACGCACAAGAUUACUGCUCCCGAGCACCGUGUUGCUUAUGCCCAAGCGAUUGCCGCCAUCCCAUCCUCGGUCGAUGUCUCCAAAGACACAAUCAAGGGAUUCUGUCCUCUCUUCACCAGAGAGUCCAAUGAAGCUGCUCUUGAAGAGGAACUCAAAGCAUUCGGCAAGCAUCUUGCUUUCCUUAUUCAGUCGACCGUGAAGAUUGAUGAUGACAUUAUUAACGCUAUCGUCAAGGGCAUUUCCGACAAACGAGUCCCAUUUCGAAAGAUCUGGCAGCUCAGUGUAGGAGAAGUGCUCUGGGAGUCUGAUGUUACCUCUCUGAAACACGCUGAGAUCGAGCCCCUCGUAUCCAAAUUUUUCGCAAAGAUGAAGGAUAUGUUUGGAGAAGUUGCCUCCAACCCACUUCCUUCUGCCCAAAGCGGCGCUUUGUCAUCUGCCUACAUCUUUUUGGCUCUGUUCCAGCGCAUUUCAGAUAUCGAAGGGUCUGAAAAGUCCAUCUGGGAAGACAAGGUGGCACAGGCCAUGACAAUGGGGUCUAAGCCAUCUUUCUUACUCAACCCCAAGGUCUACUCGAAGCUGGGAGCGCAGGCUGAAUUGCAGUGGUUCGUGAGAGCACUAGCGGCUGUCACCUCUAUCACCAAGUUUAGCGAUGUCGAAGAUGUAGCAAAGACUGCAUGGGCUCAGUCUUUCAUCUAUGCUAUUACUGGGCCAUCAGUUACCACCAAAUUUCGUGAGAGGGCCACAGAGACAUUGUCCAGGGUUUAUAUGAAGGACGUGACCUCUAUCGGGGAUGUUACUGUUAAGGCGCUCUGGGGUUGGCUCUAUUCCACCCGCACGGCCGAGAAGGAGUCCGCUGCUGUCUCUGCUGGGCCUGGAAGUGAGCGUUUACUUUACCUGGUCUUAAGAUCUCUCUGCCCUACAUCCUCUGUUAAGGAAGAGUCCGGUGCUACAUCAGAAAUCGAGAAUCAACUUCUCAACAUCCUUGUUCUUAGCCGACCGGAGAUGAUUCCCAACGCCUCGUGGAUUGAUCUUUGCCUGAGAACAGGCACAGACCCAGGGAGCUUAGUCCGCAGCCGACCAGCUGAUUGCGUUCAUCAGCUGGUUCGCGUUAAUGCGGACCCUAUUCAAUCGAUUGUCCCCAAAGUCAACCCAGCUGUCUGGACUGCGGCUGCCGAUCUGGCCUUCGUAGCUCCUGAUGUCAUGAUUCCCCGUCUCGUUGAACAAAUCAAAGAAGACUUGGAUGGCGCUCGACUCUCAAAAUACACUGCCACAGAUGCUGCCAUUUCCCGCACCCCUGAGGGUACUGCAUUUAUCGAUGUCCUGAGCAGCAAGUCUAAGCAGCCCACCUUUGACAAGAGCACCAAAGAUUACGAUACAUUGAAAUGGGAAGAAGAACUCCGAGCUCAGUUGGCGGAGAAGAAAGGUCAGAAGCAAAAGAAACUCACGUCGGAGGAGCAAUCCAAGGUCAAUGCUCAACUUGCGAAGGAGGCCAAGAUUCGUGAGGAAGUUCUGCAAGAGGUGAAGCGUAUUGAACGAGGUGCUGGUAUCAUCCAAGGUCUGGCCACUGGCCCUGCUAACGACGCGGAGGGCUGGAUCAACGCUGCUGUCAGCUCUUUGCUGUCUCUUUCCCGAGCUGGCGCGGGGCUCUUUGUAGGCGAUGUGGUAUCUCGGGCGUACAUUGUCUGCUCACACGAGUUGUCUUCGCGCGUGGGGAAUCUGAGGUCAUCCGUCGGCAUUGCUACCCUGAGAGCCAUUGGCAACACGAACCUCCCUGCGGAAAUGGAAGUAGAGCAUCUUGGUGAGCUCGUAACAAGAAUUCUGUAUCGACUGCGAUUCGCUUCUGAGCAGCGACCUCUUGACAUUCCCUCUUUGGCCUAUAUCCUUCCAUUGGUCUUUCUGGUCUUGAGCCAAAACGGAAUCCAUGAGGUUAAGGGUGAUCAGGAAGGCGAGCAGGUCCUGCUUGCUAUUGAGUUCCUUUCUUUCCAUUCUAGUUCUUUCUCCGAUACUCGUCUCCCUCGACUUGAUGUCCUGCAACAUCUCCUUGCCGCCAUGCAGAGAUACACUCAACACUACAAGAUGCUUAAAGAUAUUUUGUUUGAUUUCUGUCGGUGUAUCUCGUCUAGCAUCAACGGCGAGGAGCUAGAGGCUCUUUUGCAGGGUACCAUUGUUUCAGAUGCUUCUGUUCGAACUUCUGUGCUUCAAGUGAUCGACGACGAAAUAGAUCUAACCGAUCUGGACUUUUCAGAAUACAUUUGGCUCGGCUGCCAUGAUCAUGUUGAGCAAAAUGUUGAGAUUGCAGACAGCAUUUGGGAAGAGAAUGCCUUGGAAGUUGAUGAGACCGCCUUCUCCAAGAUAAUUAAGUAUCUUGAUUCCAAGGACACUCAGCUUCGCGCUUCUGCGGCUCGUGCUCUUGCCCAUGCAAUCGAGUUUGAUAAGAGCAAAUUCGCUGCCAUUUUGUCUGAGCUGCAGACGAAGUAUGCUGAGGAGGUCAAGCCCAAGGUUCCAGAGAAGGAUGCCUAUGGCAUGCCGAAGAAGAUGGACAAUACUGACAACUGGGAAAGCCGAAGUGGCAUUGCGUUUGCUUUCAAUGCCAUGACGAUACUUUUCGACGGCGAGCAGACAGUUUCGUUCUUGCGAUUCCUUAUUGAACGCGGCCCUCUCAUUGAUAAAAAUUCUUCUGUCCGUGCUCAAAUGGCAGAAAGUGGUAAAUCUGUGAUUGCCCAGCGUGGUCAACUCAAGGUCGAAGAGCUGAUGAAGCUUUUGGAAACCACCCUCGAAACUUCGGACAAGGCGACCCAGAGCUCUGAUCUGCUGAACGAGGCGGUCGUAGUACUCUAUGGAUCUUUGGCUAGACACUUGGAGGCCAAGGACCCUCGUCUGCAGGCAGUCGUCAAAAAGCUUCUUGCGACUCUGCCAACGCCUUCGGAAACUGUACAAUCUGCUGUCUCUGAAUGCCUGCCACCAUUGAUCAGACUUUCCGGUCCCAAGACUGCAAACUACGUGCAGGAGAUGCUCGACUCUCUGCUCAACGUCAAGAAUUAUGCUACUCAGCGUGGUGCUGCUUACGGCCUGGCAGGUAUUGUCAGUGGCAAGGGUAUCUCAACCCUGCGGGAGUUCCGAAUCAUGAGCUUGCUCAAGGAGGCCACCGAAAACAGAAAAGAACCGCAUCAGAGACAAGGCGCGCUGUUGGCGUACGAGCUUUUUGCCACUGUUUUGGGCCGCACUUUUGAACCUUAUGUCAUUCAGAUUGUUCCUCAGCUAUUAGGAGGCUUCGGUGAUCCCAGCAUCGAUGUCCGUGAUGCCUGUUUGGACGCAUCAAAGGCCUGCUUCCAGAAUCUCAGCUCUUAUGGUGUUAAGAAGAUCCUUCCUACCUUGCUUGAUGGUUUGGACGAUACUCAAUGGCGUAGUCAGAAGGGAGCUUGUGACCUUCUAGGUGCCAUGGCUUACCUGGAUCCUCAGCAACUCGCUGCCAGUCUGCCGGAAAUCAUUCCUCCUCUGACAAUCGUCCUCAAUGAUACACACAAGGAGGUGCGCAAUGCUGCGAACCGCAGUCUUCAACGCUUCGGAGAGGUUAUCAGCAACCCAGAGGUUAAGAGCUUGGUCAAUGUGCUUCUGAAGGCUCUUAGUGACCCGACGAAGUACACAGACGAGGCCCUAGAUGCUCUAAUCAAGGUCUCAUUCGUGCAUUACUUGGAUGCACCCUCAUUGGCUCUGGUCGUGCGUAUCCUUGAGCGUGGUCUUGGUGAUCGUUCUGCGACGAAACGCAAAUCGUCACAGAUAAUUGGCAGUCUGGCUCAUCUCACUGAGCGCAAAGACCUCAUUUCUCACUUGCCAAUUAUUGUGGCCGGUCUCAACUUGGCUAUUAUCGACCCUGUUCCAACCACCCGAGCCACCGCUUCCAAGGCCCUUGGUUCACUCAUCGAGAAGCUUGGAGAGGAUGCCCUUCCUGACCUCAUCCCCAACCUCAUGUCUACUCUCAAGUCGGAUACUGGCGCUGGCGACCGACUGGGAUCUGCUCAAGCCCUUUCGGAGGUGCUUGCUGGCCUGGGUACCACCAGACUCGAGGAAACCCUGCCCACUAUCCUCCAGAACGUGUCCAGCUCCAAGCCUGCUGUUCGUGAGGGCUUCAUGACCCUAUUUAUCUUCUUGCCUGCUUGCUUCGGAAACAGCUUCGCCAACUAUCUCAGCAAAAUCAUCCCGCCAAUACUUGCGGGUCUGGCUGAUGACAUUGAGUCGAUCCGCGAGACUUCUCUUCGGGCUGGUCGUCUACUUGUCAAGAAUUUCUCUACCAAGGCCAUUGAUCUCCUGCUUCCUGAGCUGGAGCGUGGUCUCGCUGAUGAUAGCUACCGCAUCCGUCUCAGCUCAGUCGAACUGGUUGGAGACUUGCUCUUCAGUCUUACUGGUAUCACUGGUAAGUCGGAGGCUGACGAGGAGGAAGAAGAAGCUACCCAGGCAGGCCAGUCCCUGCUCGAGGUUCUCGGAGAAGAGCGGAGGGAUAAGGUUCUUUCGGCUCUGUUUAUCUGCCGCUGUGAUACCUCUGGCCUGGUCAAGAGUGCGGCUAUGGGUGUAUGGAAGGCCCUUGUUGCCUCUCCCAAGACCCUCAAAGACAUGGUUCCUACUCUGUCCCAGCUCAUCAUCCGCCGUCUUGGAUCCUCCAACAUGGAGCAAAAGGUUAUCGCCAGCAAUGCCCUUGGCGAUCUUAUCAAAAAGGCUGGAGAGUCGGUGCUGGCUACACUGUUGCCCUUGCUUGAGGAAGGACUACAAAGCUCGCCCGAUGUUGAUGUCAAGCAAGGUAUCUGCAUUGCUCUGCGUGAGCUUAUUACUUCCGCCACUCCUGAGGCUCUUGAGGACUUUGAAAAGGUUCUUAUCUCCACUGUUCGUGUUGCUCUGGUUGAUAGCGAUGAGGAUGUGCGGGAAGCUGCCGCCGAGGCGUUCGAUGCUUUGCAGCAGAUUCUAGGCAAGAAGGCUGUGGACCAGGUGCUACCUCACCUCCUUCACUUGCUGAGAAAUGACGAUGACGCUGAGCUGGCCUUGUCCGCGCUUUUGACCCUGCUCACUGAGCAGACCCGUGCGAAUAUCAUCCUUCCCAACCUCAUCCCUACCUUGCUCACAUCUCCUAUCUCCGCUUUCAACGCCAGGGCCCUGGCAUCCUUGGCGGAGGUUGCAGGUGGGGCGAUGACAAGAAGACUACCCAACAUCAUCAAUGGUCUUAUGGACAGUAUUAUCGAGGCCAGCGACGAGGAACUCAGCACGGAACUCGAAACCGCCCUCGACACUGUCUUAGUGUCUGUUGACGAAUAUGAUGGUCUGAACGCUGCUAUGAACGUGAUGAUGGCGCUUGUCAAGCACGACGACCACCGCCGCCGUGCUAAGGCUGCUCUUCACCUGAAGAACUUCUUCUCAGAGGCAGAAAUCGACUUCUCGCGUUAUCACCAGGACCUGAUCCGUGUCCUGCUGAUUUCGUUUGAUGACCGAGACAAGGAUGUCGUCAAAUCAGCUUGGACUGCUCUCAGCGGGCUUACUUCGCACUUGCGUAAGGAGGAGAUGGAGGUCCUCUCUAUUCCCACACGCCAGAUUCUCCGCCAGGUCGGCGUUGCGGGUGCAGACCUGCCCGGCUUCAGCCUUCCCAAGGGUAUCAUGGCUAUCCUACCGAUCUUCUUGCAAGGUCUUCUCAACGGCAACCCUGAGCAGCGCACUCAGUCUGCUCUGGCCAUCUCUGAUGUCAUUGACCGAACUGGAUCCGAUUCUCUCAAGCCGUUUGUCACUCAAAUUACCGGUCCUUUGAUCCGUGUGGUGUCGGAGCGUUCCGUUGACAUCAAAUGCGCAAUUUUCUUCACGCUCAAUAAGCUUCUGGAGAAGAUUCCUCUGGCUGUCAAGCCCUUCCUGCCUCAGCUUCAGCGCACGUUUGCUCGUGGUCUUGCUGACUCAACUAGCGAAACUUUGCGUAACCGUGCCGCCAAGGGUCUUGGUAUCUUGAUUACUUUGACCCCUAGAGUUGACCCACUCAUUGCGGAACUCAUUACAGGAUCAAAGACCACUGAUAUCGGUGUGAAGAAUGCUAUGAUGAAGGCACUUCAAGAAGUCGUUGGCAAGGCUGGUGUCAACAUGAGCGAGGCAUCCCGCACUGCCAUUCUUGCCCUAAUUGAUGACGACGCCAGCGACCAGACUGACUCUGUCGCAAUUACCAAUGCUAAACUGCUUGGUGCUCUUGUUAAGGUUCUCCCUACUGCUACUGCGGUCCCUUUGAUUAAGAAUCGCAUUCUCACGGGACACUUUUCGCACCCUUCUGUUCUGGGUUUGAAUUCUUUGCUAUCUGAAUCUCCUGCCACUCUGACGGAGAAUUUCGCUACUGAGACUCCUGCGGCGAUCUGCCAGGGCAUUGCCGACAAGGAUCCCUUCAUUUCCGACAACAGUGUACUCGCUGCUGGUAAAUAUCUGUUGUGUAACGAUGGUGACCACAGCUUUGAGACACACAAGACCAUCUUCGAGGCCCUAGCCCCAGCUAUCGCACCCGGCGGACCUUCCGAUACUCGUCGACUGACGUUGGUUGUUAUCCGGACAGUGAGCCGUCUCCACCCGGAGAUGACCCGCCCUCACCUUGCACUUCUCGCGCCUCCCAUCUUUGCAAGCGUUCGCGAUAUGGUCAUUCCUGUGAAGCUUGCCGCUGAAGCCGCCUUCCUGUCUAUCUUCUCAGUCGUCGACUCCGAGAGCGAGGUCUUCGACAAGUAUAUGGCAGGCCCUGGUGCUUCGCUCCCGCCUGGUCCCAAGCGCAGCAUGUCGGACUACUUCAAGCGCGUUGCCAUCCGUCUGGCUACCCAGGCUCGCGAGCGACGUGCUGCCGAAGGCGGCGAGGGAGGACUUGGUUUGUCCAACGAUGAAGUGGAGGAUGAGAAGGAGGUAUGGAGCAUUGGCAAGGUGGAUUUGGGUGAUGCGUUUGGAGAUGAAUGA